CCGAGUCCCAUCAUUCGAUUGAGUCUUUCUGAUAAAACUGAAAAUACGCUACUAAACUGUAAGCAGUGGCCUGCUGUGAACAAGUCACUUGAAGUGCAUGAUACCUAAAUUGUUAGAAAGUAACGAAGACCAUGGGGCUAGUUUGGCGUGCUUUGGACUGGCUCUUCUGCAUCUUCUUCCUGGUGCACAUCCCCAUUACGCUGCUGAUUGAUUUGCAGAUUUUCACCACCGACUUUCACCCUAAACCGCUUGUGGACUAUGCCAAGAGCUGGGCAUUGGAGAAUGGCGAGCCGUUUCUCUCACCGGCUGUGGCCCCGAUGUGGUUCAGGACAGUUGUUGCCAUGGAGCUGCUCUUCCAAGUCCCAUUCUUCAUCAUAGCAGUGCCAGCUUUCUACCACCAGUCACCCAGAUAUAACUGGAUGCGGAUUCCAUGCAUCAUCUAUGCUACACAGGCGAUCACAGCCAUUCUGCCCAUUCUCGCCGAGAUGCUUCUUAUCGACUACUCUAAGGAAGAGAUCGGUCCGAAGACGCCCGCUCAGGUUUCUGGGCUUCUCGUGGCAUACCUACCCUUCCUGAUUGUCCCUGUACUGUUGUUGUUCCGCGUCUUGUCUUGCCAGCAAUUGUGGCCGAAGAUCUUCAAAGCUGCCUAGAGCAACACUGUCUGACAGCCCAUGCACGAGCAGAAAACUGGCUUUAAAGCUGGAAGUAAGCUGGCUUGACUGUUUGCUUCAUGUAGGUGAAUGCUUUCAGAUUCUCCAUUGCCACAACGUUGUACGUAGGCCACUACACUGUGACAAACUGCGAGAGACUGCAGUGCAGAAAUGAGUUCCAGCAGCUUUGUCUUUGUGAUUUAUCAUUCUGACGAAUAGUUGAAGUAUGCUUCUGCGAACAUCCUCUAUUACGGAUCUUCCCUUCAGUCAGCAUUUCUGGGUUAAAAAUUUUUUUUUUUAUAAAGGAUAUUUAAUCGUGUAGACUAUUAUUCUCUGGUCGAGAAUACUUAUACAAACUAUACUGCAUCAUUUUCUGGGGUCAGAUUAGGACCAUGGUAUAAGCUGCAAUUCUUUGUGAAUGCCAUGUGUCACUGUUUUGUGUUUGUUGUAAUGGAGGUGCAGGGGUGAUCAUUGGUUUGCCAGAUUUUGGUGUAAAAAAGAUGCGUCUCUAACCCGGAAAAUGCGGUACAGAAAUUUACUCACCAGUUGCAUUAUAGAAUGAUAUACAUGUACAUGUAGAUACUUUGUUUGGCUAUUAGGUGAAAAUCGAUGCUCUCUACAUACAAUGUAGACAUCAUAGUAUUACAGAAUUUCACUCACGGUAUUGGUUGAUUGUUUUGAAUAGUUUUUAUUUUAUUUAUUUUAUUUUUAACUGUAGAAUAGUUGUGUUCAAGUUGGACAACUUUUAUUUAAUAUUUUAGCAGUAUCUUCAGAAGUCAUGAAACAUACGUAACUUUACCCAAUCUUUUACGGCCUUAUAUAUUUGCUCCCAAUUGCCACGUGUGUAUUCUUUGGCUGAAGAGGAAUUAGCGACUA